UUUCAGCAUUUGUUUUAAUUGAGAUCCCAUUGAAAAAAUCAUCGAAUUUAAGAGACAAAAACAUAGAAAUUAUCCCGGUUCCGGCUAUUUUCAGCCCACCUUUACCAAAUCCUUUUAAAAUUCUCGAGUUUUGAUGAUGCAGGGGCAUAAAGUUGAAGGAUUCAAGGCUAGGUAAGGAUCGAUUUUCUUAAAAUAGACCACUUAAAGGAAAUUGAAGUCAUGUCGCGACACGACCAUAAUUUCAGCCCUUGUAGCAAGCAUUGAUGCUUAAGCUAUUUUCACUCUUAGUAACUUCAUAUUUUAUCAACCUGCCGUUUUACAACUCUUUAAAAUAAGUAUAAAAGUACCUUGGUUAUCGUCGAAACGAGGUCACAUUCUUUUGCCGACGAAAGAGGAAGAACGUUUCUGCGAAGACAGAACAUGAAGCUGGUAAAGUUCGCGUUGUAUUUGGCAAUACUGAUUGCUCUGACAAAGAACGGAUAUUCGGCAGACCCAGCGCGGAAAACGCUGUCAGAUCCACGUGACGGCAAUGCAGACGAAGACGCUGCAGAUAGUCUACAUGUUAAACCAGCAACAUGGCGGGCAAGCUGGUAUGACGUUGGGUCUUUACAUCAUCCAUGCGUGAAAGGAGAGCCGACACCAGUAGUUUACCAAGGUAAUAAGAUGUACAUGCACUAUGAAUGCAAGACUCACAGUGAACUAUGCAGCGGGCCUGGAUACCUUAGGAAAAGAUGUGAGCCUAGUGGUUAUAAUUACAUUCCUGUCCUGAACAAGUCCGUAGUAUCCGGUUGUAGGUGUAAGGCUGAUUGAUCUGGGCGAAAAUUGAUGCUGAAGCGUGAAGAUGCCCUUUGAAAGAAACGAACAAAAACAAUAACAAAAGUAAUAUUAAAAAUUUCAACGUUAUGUUACAUAAAAAGGACUUUUAAAACGGAACCUCCCGUUUUGCUCAUUUCCAUUGACACGACUUGACAUCAACUGUGGUAAAAUCAAGAAAUAUUGCUAGGACAUUUUGAACUCGUGGAAAACAGAUUUUCGUGCGCAGCCUGGUUGCUUCUAGACACUCGAUCAGCCCUUACAUAAUGUCUGCAAAUAUUCUAUCGCGUGCAGUCUUCCUAAUACGAAAGAUAGAAUGUUUGAAAGAAAAGAAAUAAUUUUUUGACGCACCCUAUAACAUCCACACCUUAGUGUUUCUGUUGAAUUUUAACUGAGAGGUAAAACAGAUUUAUGUUGAUAAUGUUUAAAAAAAAGAGUUGCUCAGGAAUAUUCUAAGAUAUAGUGAAUUUUUUAAAAAAUGUUAUUUUCGUCAUAAGAAUUUGAAACCGUCCUCAAUGUGACUGUCAACGACAGACAAAAAGUUAAGUAGUACUUACACAAAAAUUGUAUCUUUGUAGUACGCCCUCUAAGUAUUUCAAUAAAGUUUGACCAGUUGCGCGACUCUUACGGGUCAUAUACCGCAGUUGACUUGA